ACAACUUGUCAUCCAGAGCAGGCCUUUCGUAGUUAUGUCACACUUCUUCUACUUGACUCCACAAAUUCUUCUGCCCUUUAGCCCUCUUACUUCUCAAGAGUUUGAUCUGAUCAGACGCAAGGCUGGAGCAUCUUGGCAGGAUGAAACUCGAUGGUCAGAUUCUUCUGUGACAACAUACACAGGCAGUUACCGGAAAAAACAACUGGACAAGUCCACAUGUAGCCGAUUUUCUUUAAGAGCAGGACAGCAUGAGCCUGAGUGUAAACAGAUGCCAUUGCCAAAUAGCUCUGCAUGUAGUCUUCCCCGCUGGGCUGGUACCCAAGAGACUACAGAUGUCAAAAGACUAUUCCCUGAUAUAACCAGGCCCUUUAAAAAAUCAUUUGAUGUCAAGCAUGGAGUGGCACAUCAAAUUUGGGGUUUUGGUGAUUUUUUUCCGACACCACCAAAUUAUGGAAAAUCCUGUGUGAGAACUAAAAAGCUAGCACAAGAGACCCUGAUGAACUACGGUCGACGAGGGAUAUGUGUCCUAAAGCAUCUUCAUAGACGGUGGGAUUCUGAAAGCAAGGUUGGCUCAUCUGAGGAUUCAGAAACUGAUCCAUACUCCGAUUAUGCCUGGGGAGGACCCUCAUCACCAUUUAACUGAGUUGGAAAACGAAGCCACAGUGCUGGAGGCCUGGAGUUUGUUUAAUAAACAACUUUGAGAUUCAACUACAAAGGAAGAAUUAUGCACUGAAGCUCUACAACUUCAUAAAGAAGAGGCCUUGAUUAAUAAAUAACCUGACACCUUUCAGAUGUUGCACGAGGAAAAGCAGGGUGCCCCAAUUUCUGGGAGUCACUGCACUUCACUUACCCUGGGGCCUGUUUUACAGGCAUUUUCCUGCUUAGUUAAUUGUAGUUAUUCCCAAAAUAAACCUCAUUUUAUGUGGCACUCUUCUAUUCUGAGGGAAUGAUGUAAGCAAGAAUAUUGGCUGGAGUAUCUUGAAUAUCUGUGAUAGAUGGCUCCUUAGAAUGAAUCCUAAAUCUCCAAGGGACCUAUUUUAUCUUGUGAUUUUGCUCACAGGUUCUAAGCUACUGCUGGGCAGCGUUCCAAUUCUAUAUUCUCUGUCUUCUGGAAGCACUGAUGAAAUCACUCAGCGGCUACCCGCUUCCAUCUCACUAGGCACCUCUUGGCGCUCCUUCAUCCCCACAGACUGAAAGCAUGGUGACUAAUGUGUCUUCCCCUUCAAAUUAUUCACAAACCCUACAUGACCUUUGGCAGGCAGGGGUUCUACUGCGAUGCUUCUGACUGUGGGUAAGGGGACAUAUGUGCUCACCAUGGCUUGCUAUUUCUCCUUGCUCCCUCUAGACCAGUGAGGCAGCUCUGUUAAAUGGUCAGGCAUAGUUUGUUGGUGGCCCCCAAACAAUCCAUCGGCAGUGGACAUAUUACAGAAAACAUGGCUUUGAGUCUUAGCUUAAACUGUAUUUAUGUAGCAUGACAAUAGGAAAAAUAUCUAAUUGUACUUGGAUUAAAGUUCAAACAAAGGCCCCAUGACUGGCUUGAAGAUGCCCAGGUCCAUGUGCCAUGUUUUCCAGGGAAGGCAAGAUGGGAGAGGAUGUGGUCUGUUCUGUCAUGAGCAGUUCUGUUUCCAGACCAUUUCUCAGUCACUGGAGGCCCGUUUCUGGGGAAAUGAUUACUAAACUGUUGAUUAUUUUCUUUGUAUUGCUGGCUAUUCGCAACCACAGGGAAAAUAUGAGGUAGAUGUGGAGUUUAAGAAAAAAAAAAUGUGUAUAAAAAUGAGAAGCCACGCCUGCCUGUAGCACUAGCAAAAAUCAAAGACGUCUGGUUUAUUUGAAUAUUUCCAGACACCCCAAACAAAAUUAGUAUUGGAACCAAAUUAAAGAAUUUGACUCAAUAACCUAAAAAAUAGCUAUUGGAUGAAAAAAUAAAGGAUAAAAUAGUGUUUAAUUACUGACUGGCCAUUUUCAAAGUGGCUUCUCCUACAUUAUCCCAUUUUUAAAAAAGUAAAUUUGAUCUUUUUAAAUGUUAGAGUGAAGUGGUUCACAAUUGCUUGAAAUAAGCAAAGGACAUUAUAUUUAUACGCAUGCAAAUUACAAACCAGGCAAAACAGUCUCUUCUGCUGCUUUAUAUAUUUUUGUCAACCAUCAUGGAUUCAUGGAAAGGUCUCAAAUAGAUAGAACAAAAUGGAUUUAAAAAAAUUGUUUGAACUUAGCGUGUUUUUCAUUUCAUUCUCGCUCUGUCUGUGGUCUCACUUUCUUUCUCUGUUACCUUCCCUUGAAUGGUGAACUAUUAUUACUUGCAUUUGGAUAGACUAUUAUUUAGUUUGCCAAACAUACCAUUUUCCCGCUUAUUAAAAUCUCAUAGUUGCUCAGCUUCAUUAAGAUAAAUGGAAUUAUUCAUCUGUUUUCCCCCCUUUGGCUAUGGGGUCAACAAAAUGAUGUUAAGCAGGAGAGGACAGGGCUGGUGAACACUUUUAAAUGUCACUAAGUAAUUUUAGGAAGGAGCUGGCCUACCACUGUCCUGAAUGAUGGAUAUGCUCUCAACCUUAAUGCCCAUUAAUGAUGUACUUAAUAACAGUUUGUCUUGUAACCAUGGCUGUUCAACACUUGAAUUUUGUGACAGUUAUAACCAGGAGUGGACAUUUCUGAAAUCUGAUACACUGAGAAGUAAAAAACCAGAACAAAGCAAGAAAAACAAAAACCUGAGCCUAACAAGCAGUCAAGGAUGGCAAACCAAAAAAGAAAAAGAAACAAGAGUAUAGCCAACCUUUUUUUUUUUAAUUAGAGUAUAUUAUACUUUCAAACUGGAUACACUAGAAAUUGGCAAUGCAACAUAAGAUGCAAAGGAAUAUACCAGUUACUGUCAAAAUGACCCUGUACAGCCUUGUAAUGCAAAAAGCUUUAUACAAUACAAAUUUUCAGUAAUGUACACAAACCUUGACAGUAUGAUCAUCUGAACAUAAUAUGAAGAGUUAAAAAAAGGACAGAAGAAAGUGCUGAGAACCCUAACUGCAUUACUAUAUGGAAAAAUAAGCUAGCUUUCAUUGAAGAAUGCAUAGUGAAAACAACUGAAGUUAGUUGGUAGGUGAAUUUCUCAAAGAUGUUAGUGUUUUACACGGAAAGGAUAUCUAUGGAAUACAUCCUUCCCUGAGUAUCAACUGCAAACCAAAUUCAGGGGUACAUAUUUUCUAGGGUGGAGUCUGAAAAAUGCUGUAGAUUUUUUUCUUUAUUAAUAACAAUAAUAAUAUAAAAAGUCAAACAAACUCCCAACACACCUGUUCUCACUCAGAAAACUUUUAUAAUUUACCAGAAAGAUUGAUGACUCUUUCCAAAGUGCUAAAAAAGUUGCCCAAUUAUAUUAAGCAUUACUAAGUCAUUCAAAUACAAGUUCAGUGGCAAGCAGUGAAAUGCAUGGCAUUUGAGCAGUAAACGUCUCCUUCCUUCACCCCUCUUGUUCUUGAAAGUUUCAACCCUAAGACCUCCUAUUGCACAAGUGGCAUGCUGUAAAACCUAUAGUCCGAAUUGUCAGGGCUGCCCUUUCAGGUUUUUAACCCACUGGUGCUUCAGUGUUACUCACCUUUUCUACCAGCCUCUGUGGGAUUAUAGCCCUUUCCUGUCAUCACUGAACUUGUAAUUUUGAAAACAUAUUAUUAGCCUAGUGGCACAUUCUCCAUUAUAUGGGGAUAGAGACAUGACUUGAAUAAAGACAUGACUU